CAUCUAUUUGUAGGGGUAUAUACAGUAGGAUCAGUCAGUAGGUGUGUUUUGUGAAUAUUUUCUGGUCCUACGUACCAUCACCAUGGCUCCCAGAUACCUGGAGACAAUCCUUUUUCUCUGCUGCGUUGUGACCAUGUUCAGUUCUACCUCAGCUGCAUAUGGUCCUAGGAAACUUUACUGUUGUGUGGAGUACCAAGAGAAGCCUGUACCCUACCAGCAGAUAAAAGGCUACAAACUACAGAGCUCCAAGGAGGUGUGCAACAUCAACGCUAUCAUCUUCUAUACCUUGAAGAACAAAAAGGUAUGCGCCAGUGUUAAGGACGAAUGGGUGAGGAAGGCUCUGGCUCGUCUCAGCUUCAAACUGAAGAAGAUGUCUGGCAGCAACACUGUGACGGGCAAAACCCCCCACCCCGAUCUGAAAGGAACAUUCAACCACAGCAACACAACAUUCUCCAACAUCACCAGUAAUCACAACAUUCAGUAAUGUGGCCAUAUGAUGCAGAUAUUAUUUUAAAAUAUAAUGCAUUGCAUUGCAUUAGUUCUGACGUUUACUGUUGUUAAUGAUUGUAGUACUAUAUUCAUGCUUAAGCUUACAGGUGUCCUCUGAUUCCACAAUAUAAGCUAUUUUAGUCAAAGGCUUCAAUGAGUUCUAUUUUUCAACAUUUAAAUGUUGAAUGUGUGUUUCUUUUAAGGUCGGCAGAAAUAAAUAAUUUGAUAUAUUGCCA